GGGAACGAUAGGGAGUACUAAAAACAACAAAACUGGGAAACAGAGGAGGUCUUAAUUAAGAAUCAGCUGAAUUUUCAGGAAUCAAGAAUGGGAAGGAUAGGAGAUACAAUCAAAUCUUUCAAGAUCAGACAUGCCCUCUCUCAAGCUAUCACCCUUGGUAUGAUUGUAGCAUCUGCACUGAUGAUAUGGAAGGGAUUGAUGUGUGUUACUGGGUGUGAAUCUCCUAUAGUUGUUGUUCUUACUGGAAGCAUGGAACCCGGUAUCAAGAAGGGUGAUAUUUUGUUCCUCACCAUGAAUGAUGAUCCUAUAAGAGCUGGGGAAAUAGUGGUCUUUAAUGUGGAUGGUCGUUCCAUUCCAAUUGUUCACCGUGUGGUCGAGGUUCACGAACGGAACAACAGCAGAGAUUUUGAUAUCCUAACCAAAGGGGAUAACAAUUCAGUAGAUGACAGAGCUGGAGGUUUAUAUUCUCCCGGUCAGCAUUGGCUGAAUCGACAACAUAUUAUUGGCAGAGCAGUGGGGUUUUUACCCUAUGUUGGCUAUGUGACCAUCAUUAUGACUGAAAAGCCAAUUGUUAAGUUUGUGCUUAUUGGUGCGCUGGGAUUACUCCAUUUCAUCACUAAUUAAAGAGCAGUGGAACAGACUACAGAUUCAGCACUGGUUUUUAUGAGAUUUAAGAUUGACAGAACAUUUAAUUUUAGUUGCUUUAUAAAGUGUAGUGUUUUAACUGAAGGUGUAAUUUUGUAAACUAAUUGUAAUGCUUUCUCAACUAUAUAUGAUAUAAUAUAUGGAUCAAUCGAGAAAGCUGAGGCUAAAUGAAGGAAUUGAUGUGCCUCUCUUGCAUA